UUUGUGUUAAAAAUGCACACAAUUUUAUAUACGUGCACAUUUUUAGAAAAUGAAAUUUACAUUUGUUUAAAAACCAUGCUAUUAUGAGACACCAUACCUUCCGUGUUUAAUUGUACGAUUGCUUUGUAUGGGAUAUGCUUAUUUGUUCUAUAGAGCAGAUAAUUACCCUGUUUGCCUUUAAACUAGCUUAUUAUUAAAUCACAUCAAUUUGUUUUAUUAGGAGAUAAUAUUCUUGUUUCAACGUGUCAGAAAACAAAUUGAUUAACAAUAAAUAUUUUUACAUCCGUGUCACCGAUUUUCGUCGUAGUUCCAUAUUGAAUAUAGGAUACAUAUGCAUGCAAAAGACAGUGACAAUGACAGUUAAGUAAAGGUACUUCUGAUAUAAAGUUGAAGUUUUGAGUUUGAGAAGACAAACAUGGGAACUGGAUAUAUAAGUAUAGCAAUAUUUGUUUUGUUUUGCUGCUUUCAUUUUGGAAAUGCUGCAGAUCCAGUACUAUCUUGGACUGCAUGGACUGAUUCUGUUGGAAAUACUGCCAAUGAAAAUAGUGAUGUAGUGUGGGCACCAAUCCCUCUUCCUGAUAAUACUUCUUAUAAACUAGGAGCCAUUGAGUAUGACAGCAGAGGUCUCGAGCCACUGUAUAAUUUUGCUAAAGCAUUUAUAAAUGGGGCUGUAUUUCCAUAUGGAGUAAGCUGGGGAGUUAUUGAUAAAAUAAUAAAUGGGACAUUGAUUAAUGAUGUCACAGAAAAUUACCUUGAUUAUGUGAAGGAAUUUGCUGGCUAUGGUGCCCUAAUAGUGAUUGGUUUCCUGUUUAUAUUUCUAUUUCCUUUAAUUGGAAUGUGUUUCUGUUGCUGCCGAUGUUGCUGUAAUAAUUGUGGUGGUGCUAUGAAGCAGAAACCGGAAGAUGCAGACAACCAUUGCAAAAGAAGAACCUUUGCUGUUAUUUUGUUUGUCUUAAUUACAUUUAUAGUAGCUGGAAUGAUAUGUGUGUAUAUUUCAAAUGACCAGAUGACAGAUACAGUUACAACCUUUGACAGUACAGCAUCAAAUGCAUUGGAUGACCUUGUAACAUUUAUCGACAUUUUUGUUUAUCAAAUAAAGCAUGUUGCGCUUGCUAAUUUCAACUUUACCAAAGAUGUUAUUUAUAGAGAUUUAGAUAGUAUUGGUUAUAUAGUUGGGAUACCUGUGAGAUCAACUUUGAAAACCAGUGGUGGAGUUGAUACAGCCCUUGAUAGUGCUUUUGGUCUUGCUUCAAAAGUGGAUACCAUUGCAUUAGCACUAAUUGAUCUGAAUAUAAGUAUAUCCCAUCUACAAAGUAAUGCAACAACAUUGGAAUCGGCUGUAAAUCAACUGGGGACGGAUAUCAGAACUGAUAUAACUGGAUGUAGUACUUAUUGUACUGGAGCUCCAGAUGUAUCAGAGUUAAAUGUUACAAUAGAUGCUAAUGCUUUUCCAGAUAUUUCUGACCAGAUAAAUAAAAUCUCUUCAGUGCAAGCACAGAAUUUGACAGGAAUUGUUGUUGAUGCUAAGCAAGGAUUUGAAGACAUUCCAUGGACUGUUGAAAAUGAGACAGCAACAGUGGUGGCAGAUAUAAAGAAUACAGUAAAUGAUCUAUCAGACCAAAUUCAACCAAUUAUUGAUCAGGCAGACAGUUUUAAAAACGAUACAACUGGAAGUUUCAGCAUCAAAACAUACAAAGAUAUGCUAACAAACUUUACAAAAUAUGCAGUAGACUUUGAUCAAUAUAGAUGGUAUGGUGGUAUUGGUCUAGCCUCUGUCAUAUUGCUAAUAGUAUUGUUGCUCCUUAUUGGACUCAUGUUUGCUGUAUGUGGACACAGCCCAGAUGUAGAUCCAACAGAACGUUCAUGUCUUUCUUCAUGUGGUGGAAAUAUGUUUAUGGCGGCUGUUGGAUUUGUUUUUAUAUUUUCCUCUUUCUUGAUGCUUUUGACAACAAUAGUAUUCAUACUUGGUACGCCAAUGCAUAGAUUUGUCUGUGAGCCAAUAACAGAUCCAGAUUUGACAGAUUUCCAAACAAUUUUGGACACUUACAUAUAUCAAUCAAUGUAUGGAGGUACUGGUUCCUUGCUUGGAAAGCUUCUUCUUCAGAACAGCUCCCAUUCAUUUUCAUUGAAGAAAAUUUUGAGUGACUGUGAAGGUGGAAAGUCAGCAUAUUCAGCAUUUGAAUUGUCAAGCAUGAUAGAUAUAUCAGCUCUGACAAAUUAUUCUGGGACAUUAGAUGUUAACAGUCAAUUGGAUAAUAUAAAUGUUGACCUAUCAACCCUUGAAAUUUUGACACCUGAUUUAACUGCACAGCUUACAGACUUGAAAUCCUCUUCAGAUAUAAACUUUACUGAGUUUAGGGAACAGCUUGCACAAGUUUCCGUGGAUAUGAAUUUGACCUCGCUUGCAUCACAAUUACGAGACUUUGCAACAAACAUUUCAUCAACACCAUCAUCAUAUAGUACAAAAUUUUAUGCUCAUGCAAAUACUACCGACAGUAUAAAUGACAAUGAACUUGCUGACUUCAUCAAAGCAAUGGCUACUUUAGAAAGCAAGAUUGAUGCCUUAGAAACAGCAGUCAAUGGCACCAGUGAUACUGUUGACAAUACAUUAGUUGCCUUUAACGAAACUCAAACCUAUCUUCAGAAUAAUGGCUCACAGACAGUCAAAGAUGAGGCAAAGAAUUAUGCUAAUAGAUUGCUUAAAGUUGUUGAUUCUAUGGUCAAUGAUACACUAGAUGCUCUUGAGAAUGAGAUUGGAUUGUGCACUCCUGUUUGGAACCUCUACAAUGAUAUUUUUGUUAUUUCCUUCUGUAAAUACCUUGUUGAUACUUUGAAUGGAUUUUGGUUUGGAGUUGGAUGGUGUAUUUUCUUUUUUAUUCCAAGUAUUAUAUUUGCAACAAAACUAGCCAAACAUUACAGAAAGAUGAAGCAUCAUAAUGGUAAAGAUGUUGAAGAUAAACGAUUGCCUUUUCCUGAGGUUGAUAGAAGACACAGUCCUGGAUUAAAAAAAAAUAAAGUUGGCCAUUCUGAUGGUAAAGGAAGUCUUACAGAUUGGUGAAGAACUGUUGAUGGAAUUAUCCUGUCACAGAUAGAGGAAAUUAAAUGAUCCUUUAUGCUGAAGUUCAAAUUUUAUUUAUUAAUUAUAAUUUCUCAGAGCUCUUCAUAUUAAUAGGCUGCAUUUUUUUCAGGACAACAAAACAAUAGUUUUUAGUUGGAUUUGUGUUUGUAAAGGCACUAUAUUAUGUUGGACUUUUAAUUUAAUGAUGUUAACUUUCUGUAUUUUUAUAUGGCCUGAUACAUGUAUUUGAUGUCUAACUGGAAAAAUUUUAGAACUGAAGAAACUUUAAGUAUUCCCUGAAAUAAAAUAAAAUGAGGAACAUCAUAGGAGUAAACAGCAAGGUAUCCAUGAAGUCCUCACACGACUUAGGCCUAAAUUAAAAUAUUGUUUGUUUGCCCUUUUCCGACCCUAUGUUUUGAAACAGGGUAGGUAGGUAGGUAAAAUAUUUUAUUUUUCAUUCCCCAAAAAUAACUUAGCUCAGUACAUUUUAUGUCAUGCCUCAUGGGUAAGGUGUUAGGUAUAAUAUUUUAUUUUAUUGAUACAAAAUCUGUAUGAUGUCAUUUUUAGCUCACCUGGCCCGAAGCGCCAAGUGAGCUUUUCUCAUCACUUGGCGUCCGUCGUCCGUCGUCGUUAACUUUUACAAAAAUCUUCUCCUCUGAAACUACUGAGCCAAAUUAAACCAAACUUGGCCACAAUCAUCAUUGGGGUAUCUAGUUUAAGAAAUGUGUGGCGUGACCCGCCAAACAAACCAAGAUGGCCGCCAUGGCUAAAAAUAGAACAUAAGGGUAAAAUGCAGUUUUUGGCUUAUAACUCAAAAACUAAAGCAUUUAGAGCAAAUCUGACAAUGGGUAAAAAUGUUUAUCAGGUCAAGAUCUAUCUGCCCUGAAAUUUUCAGAUGAAUCGGACAACCCGUUGUUGGGUUGCUGCCACUGAAUUGGUAAUUUUAGGGAAAUUUUGCUGUUUUUGGUUAUUAUCUUGAAUAUUAUUAUAGAUAGAGAUAAACUGUAAACAGCAAUAAUGUUAAGCAAAGUAAGAUUUACAAAUAAGUCAACAUGACCUAAAUGGUCAGUUGACCCCUUUAGGAGUUAUUGCCCUUUUAAGUCAAUUUUUAACCAUUUUUCGUAAAUUUUAUAUAUCUUUUACAAAAAUCUUCUCCUCUGAAACUGCUGGGCCAAAUUAAACCAAACUUGGCCACAAUCAUCAUUUGGGUAUCUUGUUUAUAAAAUGUGUGGCGUGACCCACCAAACAAACCAAGAUGGCCACCAUGGCUAAAAAUAGAACAUAGGGGUUAAACGCAGUUUUUUACUUAUAACUCAAAAACCAAAGCAUUCAGAGCAAAUCUGACAUGAAGUAAAAUUGUUUAUAAGGUCAAGAUCUAUCUGCCCUGCAAUUUUCAGAUCAAUCAGAGAACCCGUUGUUGGGUUGCUGUUCCUGAAUUGGUAAUUUUAAGGAAAUUUUGCUGUUUUUGGUUAUUAUCUUGAAUAUUAUUAUAGAUAGAGAUAAACUGUAAACAGCAAUAAUGUUCAGCAAAGUAAGAUUUACAAAUAAGUCAACAUGACCAAAAUGGUCAAUUGACCCCCUAAGGAGUAAUUGUCCUUUAUAGUCAAUUUUAAACAAUUUUCAUAAAAUUUGUAAAUUUUUACUACCGGUAACAUUUUCCACAGAAACUACUGGGCCAAGUUCAAUCAUUAUAGAUAGUGAUAAUUGUAAGCAGCAGGAAUGUUCAGUAAAGUAAGAUGUACAAACAUAUCACCAUCACCAAAACACAUUUUGUCAUGAAUCCAUCUGCUUCCUUUGUUUAAUAUUCACAUAGACCAAGGUGAGCGACACAGGCUCUUUAGAGCCUCUAGUUGUUUGUAUUGCUCAUUAAGUAUGCCUUUGUUAUUAAGUUUCUGGGACUAUUAUAAAGUAUAAAAAAAAUAAUUAUCAUGUAGAAUGUGAACAAUACUAUUUUGUAUUUAAAUAUCAAAAUAUAGGGCUGUGCGGCAUAUUUUCGUUUAUAUGCCUGGAACUUUUAAGAGUUUUAACUUACACUAAUAUUCUGUACUACAUACCUUGUAUGCUUACCUCAACCUAAAGGUUUUCUGGAAGAGAUAAUUUUGUCCUAGUAAAAUAUGUCCGGGCAGACAUACAUAACUGACUAGUAGAAAAAGUCUGUAGAGUGUUUAAAUUUGUGUUUCCAAUAAAAAUGCUAGAAGACUUGAAACUCAAUUGUCACGUAUUUUACAUCGCAUUUAUAAAUGAUCUGUACGGAUAACUUGGCGAUUUUACUGCCAAAUAUUCUCCACAUUACAGACCUUUGGUUCAUGUCAGAUAUGAAUAAUAUAUAUCAAUGCUGGUUGAAGGCAUUGUUAACAUAAUCAUCCUGAUCCAGAGGCGGAUUUAGGGGGGGGGGGGGGGCAGGGCCCCCCCUUUUUGGGAAAAAAUUUGGUUGCUUAUAUAGGGAAGCGUGACUGGAGCCGGCCCCCUCUUAGGUCAGUCAGUGGGUUUCCACUUUUGAAAAUUUCUGGAUCAGCCACUGUGAUCUAUGGAUCACCAAAGACCAUCCUUACAUGGGAUACAGCGUCCGUGUACAAAAUAUUAUGUUCACAUGUUGAUAAUUUUGUAUUGGACGAACUUUAUUUUUAAUGAACCAUGCUCUUCAAGUAAAAGAUGCAGAGUAACGUUCGUCCUAUCAUGAUUUCAUAGCUUUCAACAUUGAUUUCAAACAAAUGCUUUGAAAAUCUAAAUGCAAGUGUUCAUGUCAAACGCUCACGUGAUACCAGACUAGACCUUAUACAAAUAUAAGAUUUUUGGUAGUAACAAAAAAAUUAAAUAAAAUAAAAUCUUGCUGGUAAAUACAAGUAAAAGAUUUUGCAUCUUUUGUCUAUUGUUCAAGUUUUUGAAAGCAUCAACACCUUUGUCAAACCUUUCAUGAAAUUUGACAGAGCCUUUUUGACCACCUAAAGACAGUUUUAUACAGAGAAAAGUAUUUAAUUUUUCUGCAAUUUACUAAUAGAGGACUUAUAAGUAAGCAUUUAGAUAAAAUCUUAAGUUCACAGUUUUUUCAUUCAUCAAUACUUUGUCAAACUUUCAUGAACUUUAGUUAACCAGAAUGGUUUGUUUUUUUUUAUCAAAAGAGUAUCUAGAGCAAAAUUAUGAAAAUAUCCAGUGCAUUAUAUAACAUAUAAUAUGUUUUUUAUUUAUGUUUAAAUUUGUACAAAUGUAUUGUGUUUAUUAUUUCAUCAUUUUAAUUUUUUAUUUUUGAAUCCUAGAUGUACUUUGUCUGGCCUGCAAUAAGUUGCAGAAUGCAAGACAUAAGGAUGACAAUCCGUUUGCAUAAAUUAUUUGAAUAAAGUUUAUUUUUCAAAUGGUA